AUGGCACACCACGCCCGCAUCGAGGAGGUCUCCGACAGCGAGCCCGAGGACAUGGACCCCUCCGAUUUCGACCCGCAAGCCUUCGCCCGCAGCAUGAUGGGUCCCGCCGGCGUUGGUGGCCCCGCGGGGCCUUCCGGCUUCGAUCCUCAGCUGCAGCCGCAAUCGCCCUUCGCCGGCGCCAACAGCAACCCCAACGCCGCCGCCCAGCGUGCCGCCCAGGCCGAGAUGCAGGAGAAGUCGAAGAGCUGGCAAUGCAUCUACCCCGUCUACUUCGACGCCUCGCGCACGCACGCCGAGGGCCGCCGCGUUAGUAAAGAGCUGGCCGUGCCGAACCCUCUGGCGCGCGAGCUGGUGGAUGCUGUUGCCGCGCUGGGCCUGACCCAGGUUGUGUUCGAGCCGGGCAAGACGCACCCCAAGGAUUGGAGUAACCCGGGUAGAGUGAGGGUGUUGAUCAAGAAGGAGGGCGGCGUCCCGGUCCACCCCAAUGUCAAGAACAAGCACCACCUGUAUAACCUCGUCGCUGCCUACCUCAAGGAACACCCGACGACUGAAGACUCGCCCAUGCGCCUACGCAUCGCUGGUGUACCACCGCCCAAGGAGCUCAAGCCACCAGCCGUGCCCCGCGGAUGGAAGAUCAACCCCAUCGUACCGCUGCACUCCCCUGCCCUCAGCGGCGGCGGAGUUAGCGAGAACAUGUUUAAGGACAUGAUGGCCGAGAUGCAAGGCGAGAUGCCUGGUUCGGGAAAUGCCAGCGACAGCGCUGCUGGUGGGAAAAAGAACAAGAAGGACAAGAAGAAGGGCAAGGCUUGA